UCAAAUUAUAUCUCCCACGCGCAAACACGCACUGCUAGAAGAAGAAGAAAAUUUAGUGAUUUUAAGCAUGAGUGUUCUUAGAUAAUUAUUAUUAGCUUAUUGAAUUGAUGAUAUACGAGUAGUUAGUUAGAGAGGGGGGUAAUUAAUUAAUUAUGAGGUGUAACAGAGGGAUAUGGAAAUCAUUGCAGGCUUUCUCAGCUCACACUUUACUCUUCACUUUCACUCUCUUACUCCUUCUGAAGCUCCAACAUCACUUCUUUUCCCUUUACUCUUGGUGGAUUAUCUUCCUUCCGCUUUUCCUGUUUCACGCGGUUGUUGCCCGAGGAAGGUUCUCUUUACCUGCACCAUCGGUUCCCCAUGGCCGUCAUUGGGCACCAUUUCAUGCGAUUGUUGCGACUCCUUUGCUUGUUGCAUUUGAAGUGCUUUUAUGUGUCUUUCUGGAGACUGCACAUGUUAGGGAAGCCCCAACUGUAAGCUUGAAGCUUGUCUUUCUUCCAUUAUUGGCAUUUGAAAUAACUAUUCUCGUCGACAAUUUCAGAAUGUGCAAGGCUUUACUUCCAGGAGAUGACGUAAAUCUAAGCGAUGAUGCAAUAUGGGAGACGCUUCCUCAUUUUUGGGUUGCAAUCUCUAUGGUUUUCUUUGUAGCUGCCACCGUGUUCACCCUUCUAAAGCUAUCCGGUGACGUAAGUUCAUUAGGCUGGUGGGACUUGUUCAUAAACUUUGGAAUUGCAGAGUGCUUUGCAUUUCUGGUUUGUACUAAAUGGUCCAAUCCAGUAAUUCACAGAACUUCUCAAAUACCUGUACCAAACUCAUCAUCCUCGGAUGAGAUCUCUGAGCAUAGCAUAUGUGGUGUACAAGAUAUAGGUGGCCAUGUUAUAAAAAUUCCCAUCAUUGGUUUUCAAAUCCUCCUUUUUAUGCGCUUGGAGGGGAAACCUGCUGCUGCUAGAUUUAUCCCUCUUUAUGUUGUCUUCUCUCCUAUAUUUUUAGUUCAAGGAAUAGGAGUCCUUAUUUCUGCAUCUAAUUUGGUGGAGAGAAUCAUCAUUUUACUACGUACGGGGGCUGGUAGAGGAAGAUACUUUAGAUAUGCUGCUAGAGCUCGUGACUCCUUUUGCUUUUUGCACCGUGGAUCCAGGCUCCUUGGUUGGUGGUCAACUGAUGAAGGAAGCCAGGAAGAACAAGCACGGAUUUUCUUCAAUGGGUCUUCUGGAUAUAACACAUUUUCUGGUUAUCCACCUGAAAUAGUCAAGAGAAUGCCCAAGAAGGAUCUAACUGAGGAGGUCUGGAGACUUCAAGCAGCUCUUAAUGAGCAAACCAAUAUCACAGAAUCCAGCGUACAAAACUAUGAAAGACUUCAAAAUGAAAAAGUCCUAUGUAGGAUUUGCUUCGAACGUGAAAUAAACACGGUGCUACUCCCUUGUAGACAUCAUAUUCUUUGCAGUUGCUGCAGUGGAAAAUGUCAAAAAUGCCCUAUAUGUCGAGUCAGCAUCGAGGAAUGCUUGCUUGUAGAUGAUGUGUAGCCUCAAAUGACCAAAGUACUAUAUAAUUUAUGUGAAGCUUAUCAAAUUGUGCGCGUACGUGAUCAAUGGAGGAAAUAGCUUGUUGGAUCAUAUAUAAUUAGAAGACGUCGGAGAUGCACGAAACACUGAGUUCAGGUGGAUAAAGUUUGUAUGUGUGUGAAUAUAAUGUGUGAUUUGCAAUUGGUUACUCAGCUCUUAUCGAUAUAUAUCUUUGUUCCUUGUCCAUAUACAUUGUGAAAUGGGGUCAAACUAAAGGAACAGAAGUCAAUCCCUUUGUACAUGAUAUAUGCAGAGACAGAGCCUGGACUCCUACUUAUUAGGUGUAGUUUACUUGACUUUUGUGUCUGUAAGUUGGAAUCUUUUGGAGCUUGGAUGAAGUUUUUAAAUUUCUUUUGA